GCCUCAAAAUUUCUCAAACGGUGGGAGAACUCGCCUCGAUACGAUACCAGUUUUCUUGGCUAUCGUCAACUAAACCGUUGUAUUUAGUUAGUUUGCUAAAUCCCAGAAUUCUUGUACAAAGAAAUUAACGUUUUAUAUAUAAAUAUUGCCGUGUAGUUAACUUUUAUAAGCAACAAAAUGAGUUUGGUAGCAAACACAGGGAAAUUGGCGGGUCGCACGCUGUUUAUUACCGGUGCAUCCCGCGGUAUUGGAAAGGCAAUUGCAUUGAAAGCGGCUAAAGAUGGGGCGAAUGUUGUCAUUGCGGCAAAAACGGCUGAACCUCAUCCGAAGCUUCCAGGAACCAUAUACACGGCGGCCGAAGAAAUUGAGGCAUUGGGAGGUAAAGCUCUUCCAUGCAUUGUGGAUGUUAGGGAGGAGAAGCAAAUCCAGAAGGCUAUAGAUGAAGCUAUUAAAAAGUUCAACGGUAUUGACAUAUUGGUGAACAACGCGUCGGCCAUCUCUAUCACCGGCACAGCCAACACUGACAUGAAGAAAUACGAUCUCAUGCACAAUAUCAACACAAGGGGGACUUUCUUGGCAUCCAAGUUGUGUUUACCACUACUCAAAAACAGUAACCAUGCACACAUUCUCAACCUAUCGCCGCCACUCAAUAUGAACCCGUAUUGGUUUUCCCUCCAUGUGGCGUAUACGAUGGCCAAAUACGGAAUGUCCAUGUGUGUACUUGGGAUGGCCGAAGAAUUUAAGCCGUUCAACAUUGGGGUCAACGCUUUGUGGCCCAGGACAGCCAUCGCGACGGCGGCGAUAGAAAUGUUGACGGGCGACACGUCCACCAGCCGUAAGGUCGACAUUGUGUCGGACGCGGCCUACGUUAUGCUGUGCAAAGAUCCCAAAACCUACACGGGUAACUUCGCUAUCGACGAUGAUGUAUUACGGGAAGCUGGGGUCAAGGACCUCACGCCUUAUGCCUGCGAUCCUAAGAACAUCGAUAACCUCUUAAUGGACGGAUUCCUCGACGACCCGAAGUUUAUGAGGAUUCCUGGUAAGACGGUCACCACAUCGCUGCGGCAGUACCACACCUCCGCAGUCAACCGUAAAGAGGAGAAGCCUUCAGACGCCGGACAAAUACCCACGUUGUUCUCUGCCAUCAGUAAAACCCUAUCUCCGGAACUCGUGAAGAAGACUCAGGCCGUCUACCAGUUCAACGUUAAAGGGAAAGAAGAAGGCGUGUGGCACAUAGACCUGAAGAACGGAGAUGGCUCCUGCGGCCAGGGGGAGCCGAAGUCGCCGCCCGACGCCACUCUCACCAUGGACAGCAAUCACUUCGCUGACUUGUUCGCUGGAAAGUUGAAGGCUACAACAGCAUUCAUGAUGGGCAAGCUCAAGAUCUCCGGGGACGUCCAGAAGGCGAUGAAAUUGGAGAAGAUGAUGAAAUCACUCAAAAACAAAGUGUAAAUAUCCCCCCACAUAUCAUAUCAGUUUGUAAAAUAUAUCUAGGUCUCUGUGACCGCAGACAGAGA